CUAAAGUUCCCAGCAGCCUUCCCGGGGGUUAAUAGAGACAUAGCAGAGAGAUAAACACACCAGCUGAUCAACGGAAAAAGAUACAUUUAAGAAAAAGAUCCAGGAGAUGGCCUCUGACAGAUCCAGGAGAUGCUCUCUGACAUGGAGAGAGCUGUGUGGGUCCUGCUGCAUUGCAAGCCCAGAGGAAUGGUCCCCAGAGCGCAAUUACAUGUCAAGAGGAAGACGGAAGGUCACCCGCUCUCCGGAGGCCCAACUUCGUCGAGUGGUUUAUAGGGUUCCAGUCAAGGUCAACAUGAGGAGCAGGAAUAUUCGCAGGCACAAGAAUCAGGUACCACACAGCCAGGAAGCAAGAUUGAGAGCACUUCGAGAAGAGACUUGCUUGGAAGAGAAGACAGUAGUACCCCUCCAGGCUCCUAAACUUUUUUCCGGGGUUGAACCAGCUUGUAAAAGUAAUCAGUUUCUAGGACCUGAAGGAAAUGUGGACAUAGAGUUGAUUGAUAAGAGUGCAAACGGAUACAGCGUCCACUUCCCCAUGGCUGGCUUCUAUCUAUGGCCAGCGACACACCUUGGCUUCUUGGUAACAGCAGCAGUGACCGUGAGGAUUGCGUUCGAUUCUUGGGGUCAGCAUCUGGACCUGAAGUUACAGCACGAGGAGCAGUGGAUGGUGGCAGGCCCUUUGUUUGAGGUCUCCGUGGAGCCCAAGGGGGUCAUCGCUGAAAUCCACCUCCCCCACAUCAUCUCCCUCCCAGCAAAUGAGGUCGAUAUCUCUUGGUUCCAAGUUGCCCAUUUUAAGGAUGAGGGGAUGGUCCUAGAGCCGCCAGCCCGAGUGAAGCCUUUCUGUGCAGUCCUGGAAAACCCCAGCUUCUCUCUGAUGGGGAUCCUGCUGAGAAUCGCCAGUGGAACCGGUGUUUCGGUCCCCAUCACUUCCACGGUCCUGAUCUAUUAUCACUUCCACCCUGAAGAUACUAAAUUUCACUUGUACCUUAUCCCCAGCGACUCCUUGUUAAUGAAGGCAAUAGAUGAUGAAGAAGCUAAGUUUCAUGGUGUGCGUCUACAGACCUCACCCCCAGUGGAUCCCCUGAAUUUUGGUUCCCGUUAUAUUGUGUCCAGUUCACGUCAUCUGGAAAUAAUGCCCAAGGAGUUGAAAUUAUCCUACAGGAGUCCUGGAGAAAUCCAGGUAUUCUCUAAAGUCUAUGCUGGGAAGAUGGAGGAACCAAUUGUACUUAACGUUACUGACAAAAGACACAAGACUUUGGUCUGGCACACUUUGGUGAAGCCAGUGGACCUCAAGUUUCAUGCCGCAUUGGUCCCUCCUCCUUUCUCAGUUGUGGCCUUCAUGAAGGAGCACCGCCGGCAGCUGCAAGCCAGGCUGGGGGACCUGAAUGGAGUACUGGAUGAUCUUCAGGACAGUGAGGUCUUCACUGAGGAAGAGAAGGAGCUGGUGCAGCAGUUGCCAAUGCAGCAGAGGAAGAAUGAAACCUUGCUGAGGAUGGUGGAGAAGAAAGGGCCUCAGGCCCUGGAGAUACUCUUCAGGAGCCUUAAUCAAAGGGAUCCUUACCUGAUGUCCUACCUCAGCCAGCAGAGUUUACAACAAUGACUCAGGCCGAUACUCGGGAAGAGAAAAUCCAGUGGAGGCGCCUGGGUGGCUCAGUCGGUUAAGCGACUGCCUUCGGCUCAGGUCAUGAUCCUGGAGUCCCAGGAUCCA